UUUGGUUUGGUCAAGCAGUAUUAUUUAGAUAAUCGUAAGAGACGACGAAAAUAAAUUGAUAGUACAUAUACAGUCUUGUUAUCGUGUUAAAAUGCAUGUGUUUUGGUGCUAGUUUUAGAUAAAACUUUGCUGUGUUAUCGUGAAAUGAGAGGUGGUGUUUGGGAUAUGAGUUCUACGUGUAUUCAAGGCGGACUCCCUCGUCCACUGGGAGGAUAUCAACCCAAUCUAAUCAUGGAACCUCAUUCGCCCGCCCCUGCUUGGCAAAUGCAUCACCCUAUAAUACCGAAACAAGAACCAGCGGAAGAGGAAAGAAACGAUUCAGGAAUUAAUUCCGGAAGCGAUUUUCAUUCCUCCUCGCCAGGCAGUGAAAAUAGCCAGGAUUAUAAUUCACAGAACGUACAGAACCCCACAACCUCGUCCUACUACACAACUCCGUUAUUACCGAGGGUCCCUACAACAUCGCCACUAGGCUAUCAAGUAAAUCUGCCGAUGCAUUUUAAUUAUCAAUCCACGUCGCCUUCGCAAGACAAUGCCAGUAAACCCAAUUUUGCACCCGCUGCUUCUGCGACAGAAAACGUGGAGAAUGAAGAUCCCUUACGAAAACUUCAAAGUAGCCUGGAAAAGAAUGGUUUGAUGAUCACACCGACUUCGCCCAAAUUAAGCGAACACUCAGGCGACGAUGAAAAUAAAUCCGAUAUGGAAGCGGACGAGUACGACGAACAAGGAUUACGCGUACCCAGAAUGAAUUCGCAUGGAAAAGUAAAGACAUUUAAGUGCAAACAGUGCGAUUUCGUAGCUAUUACCAAACUGGACUUCUGGGAACAUUCCAAAGGACACAUAAAAUACGACAAGCUUCUCACCUGCCCCAAGUGCCCUUUCGUCACCGAAUACAAGCACCACUUAGAAUACCACCUUCGCAACCACUUCGGAUCUAAACCUUUCAAAUGCGACAAAUGUAAUUAUUCGUGCGUCAACAAAUCCAUGCUGAACUCGCAUAUGAAAUCGCACUCGAACGUCUACCAGUACCGCUGCGCCGAAUGCAGUUACGCAACCAAGUACUGCCAUUCAUUGAAGCUUCACCUGCGCAAGUACUCCCACAAGCCAGCGAUGGUCUUAAACCCCGACGGCACCCCCAACCCGCUUCCAAUCAUCGACGUCUACGGAACCAGGCGCGGACCAAAGCAGCGAUCAUCCCAAAAACAGGAAGAACCGGAAACGCAACCGAACAUUUUGCAAAACCACCUCACUCACUUCAUGCUCAACAACACCCCGCAAAUGCAGUUACCCUUCCCCUACCACCUCCUCGCAGGCUUCCCAAACCCGAUGGCAAAUCCCUUGCUAUUCCCACCUGCGCUCGCCAACUCCGCCGAUAAACCCGAGGAACGCUCACCACCUAUGUCACCCGUCGCGCCGACCGCCGAGGCGCUCGACUUGAGCAAACCAGACGUCGCCACUCCCGAUCAGCCUUCCAAGAAUCGGCGCAAAGGUCGCGCCUUCAAGUUGGAAACCUUGCCUCACACGGAAACCUCGGACGACGAGUCCACCACCGAACUCCCAGCAGAGAAGAGCUUGGCCUCGCCUCCGGCUCGGUCGCCUGUAGAGAAAGAUGAGGUAACCAACAAUAACAAUCACAAUUUCGAUUGCCAGUAUUGUAACAUAGCUUUUGGGGAUAUUGUUUUGUACACAAUGCAUAUGGGAUAUCACGGGUUCAAAGAUCCAUUUACUUGUAAUAUGUGCGGGGAGCAGUGCCAAGACAAAGUGUCGUUCUUCUUGCACAUUGCGCGUAACCCACACACAUAGUUCACUUUUUCGAUGAUCAAAGAGAUCUAGUCAUGGAAAUCGUUCUCCAAAAGAAUCUAGUUAUUGCCUACGCUUGCACUGUGCAAUUUUUCGUUUAGCUUUUAGUUACAGUUUUGGAAUAAUUAUACGGGUAAUAACCAAUUUCUGAGGUAGAGUGCGAGUUGUUCCUAAUAAUUUAGUAUAGUAUGCGAUAUUUGAAGCCAAAAAUUAAAAAUCACCCUGCUACCUAUUGGAUGCAGUAUUUUAAUUAUUAAUGUGACAAUAACGUUUUAAGUCUCAUCCUUGUACAUACCAUUUAGAUAUUCCUACAGCUAUUUUCCAAAACUUCAAGUAAUCUUACCAAUUAAGAUAUUAAAUUAAAUAGUGUUAUCUCGAGUAUUAAUUAUGAACCAUGUUUUAACGCCAUUAGAAAAAAAUAUAACAAGACAUUUUUAAUGUAUUUUUAAUUUAGGCUACAAUUUCGAUAACUAUUAGCGUUAUUAUAAGUCAAUUUACAUUAAUUUUUGUUUUUUAUGUGUUGUGUUAACACUGUUGGGGCCAUAAUCGAAGACUGAUGUAAAUAACCUUAAAUUAUAUAUGUGAGUUAGUGACUUUCGAUGAGCAAAGAAUCAAUCAAAAAUUAAUUAUAAAUGUGGGUGUUUUAUUAGUCAUAUUGUAUUUAUAUUUAAAAAUUCUGUACUGAUAACAAAUCAGACUUGAAAAUAAAUAUUUUGAAUUCUAA